GCCUUCCUCAGCGGGCUGGACCCCGUGCAGGGCACCCCUCUGUCUCCCCCCGCCCACGCCCGCUGCGCCCUGCGCCUGCUGCGCUGCCUGCCCCCCGCCCGCCACGCCGCCCUGCAGCACCUGCGCGGCCUCUUCGACGACCAGGUGUGCCAGCACCUGCUGCAGCGCGAGAGCCCCGCCCCCGGCCCCGCCCCCAAGGCCACGCCCGGCGCCGAGGUGCUGCAGGAGGCGCGGC